AUGUGCUGCUGCUCCGUUCUAUCUCCAUCUGCCUUCAUCCCCACUCCUCCCCACCCCUUCCCUCUCAUACACUCCCCGUACUUCUCCCUCCCGUCUCGCGCAGCUGGAGAGAUUCCCCAAGCUGGCCGCGCGGAUGGCAACCCUCAUCUGGAGAGCCUCCCCAAGCUGGCCGCGCGGAUGGCUGCUCUCAUGUGCGUUGGGGGGGAGGACGAGGGGGAGGGGGAGGGGGAGGGGGAGGGGGAGGGGGAGGGGGAAGGGGAGGGGGAAGGGGAGGGAGAGGGAGAAGCGGACCCGGAAGGGCAAGGGGCUGGGGUGAAUGGAGAGACGGGAGAGGCGGAGAAGGCAGAGAGCGAACGCACGAGUGCAGGAUCUGUCGAAGACAUUCUUUCUCGGGCAGUUCGGGCAGCUCUGGACGCGCAGACGCAAAGAGGAGAUGGACAAAAUGGAAGUGGAGGGGCGGAGGGAGGGGCGGAGAGGGAUGUGGAGUGGUUGGAGAUGGAUGGGGAGGGGAUCGACGAUGACAUGCUGUCUGCCAUGAACCUGCACGAGCGCUUCCCUAACCUGGUGGGUCUGAGCCUCUGGGGCAACCGCCUCACAGACGCUGCUCGAGUGGCCUCCAUCCUCUCGCCUCUCACCUCCCUGCGUGCGCUCUGGCUCAACGACAACCCCUGUGCUGCCACCGAGUCCGCUGCUGCUGAUCUGCGAAACGCCCUCCUCAAAUCCCUCCCGAACCUCGAGCUCUUCAACCGCCACUUCACCCGCCGCUAUUCCACGUGGGCGCUGCUCUUUGCUGCUGACGUGGCGGGCCCUCACCGCGCCACGCUGGACGAUGACGUGGUGGCUGCUGAGCUGGCGCGGUUAACUGAAGUUGACUUGUCUGUCCGGGGGAUUGUGGAACUGAAGCAAGAGACUGUCUUCUCAUCAGCCUUCCCCCUGCAGUCGCCCACAUCAACCAACCUCUCUCAGAACCGGCUUCCCCGUCCCCCCUCUCGCCCUUAUCGACGCCUCUCAAGCACCCAUUCCUUCGUUUCCCUCUCUCCUCUACCUACCAUUUCCCUGUCUACAGUGCAGCGCUGCUGGGUGCUGCUGGGUGCGGCUGUGUGCUCCUGGGCGGUGCUGCUGGGGGCGAGUAAGGGCAGCACUGUAUGUCAAUAUGAAUGGGUUAAAAUGAGAGAUCGUUCAAAUCAUGCUGCACUGCUGCCUCUCCCAUCUCACGUCUCCCUUUUUUCUCCCCUCGCCCCUCUCCCAUUUCCCCUCGCCCCUCUCCCAUUUCCCCUCGCUCCUCUCCCAUUUCCCCUCGCCCCUCUCCCAUUUCCCCUCGCCCCUCUCCCAUUUCCCCUCGCCCCUCUCCCAUUUCCCCUCGCCCCUCUCCCAUUUCCCCUCGCCCCUCUCCCAUUUCCCCUCGCCCCUCUCCCAUUUCCCCUCGCCCCUCUCCCAUUUCCCCUCGCCCCUCUCCCAUUUCCCCUCGCCCCUCUCCCAUUUCCCCUCGCCCCUCUCCCAUUUCCCCUCGCCCCUCUCCCAUUUCCCCUCGCCCCUCUCCCAUUUCCCCUCGCCCCUCUCCCAUUUCCCCUCGCCCCUCUCCCAUUUCCCCUCGCCCCUCUCCCAUUUCCCCUCGCCCCUCUCCCGUUUCCCCUCUUCCCACCCCCACCCCUCUCCCAUCCAUCACCCCUCUCCCAUCCAUCACCCCUCUCCCAUCCAUCACACCUCUCCCAUCCAUCACACCUCUCCCAUCCAUCACCCCUCUCCCAUCCAUCACACCUCUCCCAUCCAUCACCCCUCUCUCAUCUGCCCGCUUUCACUGUGGACCUAGAAGGCCCUUUUCCCUUUGACCCAUACGAUACGGCUGCCACUCUCCCCCGCCUCUCCUCCCUCAACGGCGCGCCGCUCUCCUCCUUCAUGCACGGAGGUUCCUGGAUGUUUCCUCGCCUGCCAGCCUGGCAGCCUGGCACGCCAUUGGUGGAUCGAGUGCUGCAUGCCAUGUGGCGCCACGUGUGCAGCUACAAGCUUGCUACUGAAACUCAAUUGGACGAGAGUGCAGCGUGGUACGUAAUGGACGAGUUCGGCAGUGCCUUUCGUCACAGCGACCGCCCCAACUUCCGCUGUGCGCCCUUCCUCUUCCUUCCAGACGGUUCCUUCGCCUCUGCUGUCAGUCAGUGUUCUUCUUCCUUCGAUUCAACUUCCGCUGUGCGCCCUUCCUCUUCCUACCAGACAGCUCUUUCGCUUCAGAUGUCAGGUGAGCAGGGGGGUGUGUGCUGUCAGGUGGGCGGGGAGGGUGCUAUUAGUGGGCGUGGGUGCUGUCAGGUGGGCGGGGAGGUGUGCUGUGGCUGUCAGUGUGCUGCGUGUCAGGUAAACCAUCCUUCCUUUGACACCAACUUCCGCUGUGCGCCUUCCUUUGACACCAACUUCCGCUGUGCGCCUUCCUUUGACACCAACUUCCGCUGUGCGCCUUCCUUUGACACCAACUUCCGCUGUGCGCCUUCCUUUGACACCAACUUCCGCUGUGCGCCUUCCUUUGACACCAACUUCCGCUGUGCGCCUUCCUUUGACACCAACUUCCGCUGUGCGCCUUCCUUUGACACCAACUUCCGCUGUGCGCCUUCCUUUGACACCAACUUCCGCUGUGCGCCUUCCUUUGACACCAACUUCCGCUGUGCGCCUUCCUUUGACACCAACUUCCGCUGUGCGCCUUCCUUUGACACCAACUUCCGCUGUGCGCCUUCCUUUGACACCAACUUCCGCUGUGCGCCUUCCUUUGACACCAACUUCCGCUGUGCGCCUUCCUUUGACACCAACUUCCGCUGUGCGCCUUCCUUUGACACCAACUUCCGCUGUGCGCCUUCCUUUGACACCAACUUCCGCUGUGCGCCUUCCUUUGACACCAACUUCCGCUGUGCGCCUUCCUUUGACACCAACUUCCGCUGUGCGCCUUCCUUUGACACCAACUUCCGCUGUGCGCCUUCCUUUGACACCAACUUCCGCUGUGCGCCUUCCUUUGACACCAACUUCCGCUGUCAGUGUGCACCAACUUCCGCUGUCAGUGUGCACCAACUUCCGCUGUCAGUGUGCACCAACUUCCUUUGCCCUUCCUCUUCCUGCCUCACGGUUCGGUUGGUUGCGCUGUCAGGUGGGUGUGCUGUCAGGUGUUUUUUUGUGAGGUGUUUCCAGGCCUACGAGCAGCGUCUGUGCAGGUUCGCAGCAGCGGCCGCAAAGCACGCAGAGGCAACCACUCGUCUUGCUUGUGCCGAACCUGACAAUAAAGAGGACAAGGCAGGAGGAGGCGAGGCGGGUGGAGCAACGGGCAAACCGGAGAAAGCAGGCGAGGCAGAGAAGCCGCAAGCAGGGAAGCGAGUUUAUCGAGUGUUCAGCGAUCUUCCCCAAGUCCUCGACACCCUCUCCCGUCCCGAGUUCACAUUUGUCCUCGACACCCUCUCCCGUCCCGAGUUCACAUUCGGUGAGUGUAUGGCUGGGGGGGCCAAGGGCAGCCUUUGGCUGGAGUGUAUGGCUGGGGGGGCCAAGGGCAGCCUUUCCGGGGCGAGAGGAGGAAAGGCCAAGCCUGGGAGCAUUGAUUGCUCAGCUCACAGGCAAUCUUCCUCAUGUCCUAGACAGCCUUUCCCGCCCCGAGUUCACUUUCGUGAAGCGGACAUCAUGUGGACGAGCAUGCAGGUGGACGAUGCGUUCAGGGAGGCACGGGAGGGGAUAAGGAGCCUUUCUCUCUUCCUCUCCCCUCCCACCCCAACCACCUUUCCUCCCCCAGUUGACGCCCCCAGCGAAGCGUACAUCAUGUGGACGAGCAUGCAGGUGGACGAUCCUUUCAGCGAGACAGGAGAGGGGAUCAAGAGCUUGGACUCACCAAGCGAAGCAGACAUCAUAUGGACGAGCAUGCAGGUGGAUGAUGCAUUCCGAGAGGCAGCUGGGCUGAAGGAGAGGCGGGAGAAGGGAGAGCCAGAGCCGUUUGUCAACCAGUUCCCGUUCGAGGCCUGCAUUGUCAUGAAACACCACCUGGCGAAGACCAUCCAGCAGGCAUACGGCAACACACGCCCCUGGCUGCAAGACACGUAUGACAUGCAGUCGGAGAUGGCAGCACUGAUUGGAUGCUUCCAGGGGAGGGAGGCGGCAGCUGCUGCUGCUGCGGGGAGGCGACUCAUUGCCGGCUAUGAGGGCGGUGAAGCGCCUGAGAAGAAUGACGAUCAACCACAUCUGGACAACACGUGGAUCUUAAAGCCCUGGAAUCUCGCGCGCAGCAUGGAUGCAACGGUGUCGCGCCACCUGGCGCAGAUCGUACGGCUGGCAGAGACCGGCCCCAAGGUUUGCCAGAAGUACAUCUCCCGCCCCGCGCUCUUCCACGGGAGAAAGUUCGACCUGCGCUUCCUGCUGCUGCUCAAGCGGCUCAAACCCUUGGAGGCGUACCUAUCGGACGUUUUUUGGGCUCGCAUCGCCAACAAGAAGUAUUCACAAGCAGAGGACUCCCUUUCAGACUUCCAGACACACUUCACUGUCAUGAACUACAGCGGUCACAAGUACGAGCACGUGCCAACACACGAGUUUGUGCAGGCGUUUGAGCAGGAGCACAGCGUGACAUGGCAGUCCAUUGACCAAUCAGUGCAGAGAAUGCUGCGGGAGCUCCUGGCUGCUGCUGUUACUGUUCAUCCCGAGAUGCAACCAGAUGACGACACCUGUCGAGCAAUCUACGGUGUGGAUGUGAUGCUGGAUGACCACUUCCAACCCAAGCUUCUGGAGGUGACAUACUGCCCUGAUUGCACGCGUGCUGUGACUUACGACAUGAAGAGGAUCCUUCCAAGACCUAGUACCGGCUCAGAUGGCAAUGGAGCAGCCGAAGAUGAAUCCGCGUGGCUGCGACCAACAAGCUUUUUCAAUGACGUGUUUGGGUGCCUCUUCCUUGGAGAAGCCCGCAACGUGAGGCGCCUGUGA